AUGCUCUCGCUCCCGGCCCUUAUUAGGCGCCUGUAUUCCUCCUUUAUUUCGGCAAGAGAAAAGGGUAAUUCAUUGCCUGCAUUAAAGACAUCCUUUAACCCCCUCCCUAACUUCAAGACCUUCCCGGAGAGACUGGUCUCGGCAUCCAUAUCCAAUGUGGUCCAUUUCACGAUUAUCUUUCUUGUCUUUGUCUUCUCCAUCUCAAUAAUGCCUGUACCCCUACUUGUGAAAGCCAUUCUUAUCAUUGUCUUGAUUUACAUCAACUUUGCUCCAAUUUUCGCCCAGUUCUUUAACGGCGGCUUGCCGAUCCUCUCAUGGGUCAUUUUGUUCUUUAACUCAAAGAACAUACCUCUGUCAAUGAAGAGACCCAUCUCCGUCAAGGUCUUGCCCGCAUUGGAGACAAUCUUCUAUGGCGAUAAUUUAUCUGAAAUCUUGGCUUCUCAUACAAACACUUUCUUGGACUUGUUUGCUUGGUUCCCAUAUGGUAUAGUCCAUUUCUCCCUGCCCUUUGUUGUGGCAGCCCUUAUUUUUUUAUUUGCCCCCCCUAAAACCUUACCCCAAUUUUGUUGGUCCUUUGGUUAUAUGAAUUUGGUUGGCGUCAUUAUCCAAAACUUGGUUUUCUCAUGUGCUCCACCAUGGUAUAAAGUGCUGCAUGGGUUGGACAAGGCAAACUAUUCAAUGAAGGGAUCGCCAGGAGGAUUGGGUAGAAUCGAUGGACUGUUUGGUUUCGAUAUGUACACCUCGGGUUUCACCAAUUCUCCCUUGAUUUUCGGUGCUAUGCCCUCCUUGCAUUCGGGAUGUUCAACUAUGGACGCAUUAUGGUUGUCUUAUCUAUUCCCUAAAUUCACCCCUCUAUUUGUUUUCUACGUUUGCUGGUUAUGGUUCUCUACAAUGUAUUUGACUCAUCAUUACUUCAUCGAUGUUGUUGUUGGUUCUUGUUUGGCAAUUGGAUUCUUCACUGCAGUCAAAUGGAGAGGCAGAUUACCCGUAAAUGAUCUAUUUUGUAGGUGGGACCAUGAUACCCUGAAAUUCCAUGACAUUUGGAACGAGGACCCACUGAGGGAGAACUAUCCCUUGGACUUGGAGUCUUCAAAAGACUUGGAAAAUCAGAUACCUUUGAGUGAUUUGAAUUCAUCAUGUGAUGAACAACCAAGUUCACCAAAGGGAUUUAAUAGGAACCAGAAUAAUAACUUGGGUGAUAAGGGACAGGGAUUAGAACAAGUAGACGAUCAAGGAGAAGAAUAUGACAAUUACGAUUUUGAUGAUUCUGAUGACGACCAAAUUGCUGAAGCUAACGAUGUGGAGAAAUCGGCUAACAAAACAAUAAAGAAGACUCCAAAGUCAUACAAGGAAUCAUUCGAAGCAACAUUAUCUACAAACUUGAACUCACAAAUUACAAAUUUCCCAUCUUCCACUCAUAUACCUCUUAAUUCCAGUCGUUGA